GCUUGAACGACAAUACAGCUUCAAGAUAUCAACUGAAGUUUUCAGGCUGUAAGCUUGUGGGACAGGCUGCUAACAGAAACCCAGGCGAUCAGAGAUGUACUGAACCAUAGCCUCAACACAAAUAUUCACGGAAAAGAAAUGCUCUUAACCUACGAACGUGACACCUGAUCUUCGGAUCAACAGGCAGUCUGGUUAAAUGAGCUUGUCUUUGCUAGCCUGUCCGCUUGAAAAACGGGAUAUCGGUAACGUGAUGCCGUAGCCUACCUUUAAAACGCUAUAGCGCACAUGUGACGAAUAAUAAGUACCUGGCCACGGACGCUGAAAUAGCGACACAGCACGGUUGCCCAAAGCAGGAUGCCAGUGCACAUUCCGGACGACACAGAUUUCGCAACGUUCAAGGAGCAAUGCGAGAGUCAGGAUGGCUGGACAGCGCGCUAUAACAAAGGAGGAGUAACUGUGUGGUGUCGAGAUGAGGAGACCACUACAGUGCAAAAACUUAAGAUGAAAAUUGUUUGCAAGGAUGUCAGAGCAGAAACACUGUAUGAUGUCCUGCAUGACACAAGCUACCGGAAAAAAUGGGACACGAACAUGAUUGACACAUUUGAUAUUGGGAAACUGACAGUCAAUGCAGAUGUAGGAUACUACUCCUGGAGGUGCCCGAGUCCACUGAAGAACAGAGACUUUGUCACCAUGCGCUCAUGGCUUCCCCUAGGCAACGACUACUUGAUAAUCAACCACUCUGUCAAACACCCGCAAUACCCACCAAAGAAAGACUACGUGAGAGCUGUGUCUUUACUCACAGGGUACUUGAUCCAGUCUAACGGAACAAAUGCCUGCACUCUGUACUACUUAACACAGGUAGAUCCAAGAGGUUCUUUACCCAAGUGGGUAGUGAAUAGGGUGUCUCAAUUUGUUGCACCAAAGGCCAUGAGGAAGAUCUACAAAGCUUGCCUGAAGUACCCUGAGUGGAAGCGAAAGCACAACCCUAACCUGAAACCGUGGAUGUUCCCGGAGCAGAACACACUCCCGUGCAUCAGCGUGGCCGACCUCACUUUGCAGAGAGCCGACUCGCUGGAGAACAUAGACGAAAGCACCCUGAGCGAAGAGAAGCCCAGUCACAACAGCGAAGAUGAGGAGACCUAAGCCCCGCAGACUCUGUAUUCUGACAUCAGUGUGUCUGAGUGUGAAUGUGUGAAUGUGAGUGUGUGCUGAUUUACACAGGUUCUUCUGCAGUAUGACCCAGUUAUUAGUUUAUAGUUGCUCUUUUGUAUUUGCAUUUGCAGUACUGAAGAGCAUGACAAGCAGUAUUUAACAGGGUGAUGGACCUUUGACAUUGUGCUGCACAUAUUCAAACUACAUCAUGUUUGAUGGUUGAAUUCAACAUUAGCACUCUUACGCAUUCAUACAUAAACACUAUUACAUUGUUUCAGGUUAAAGUCAAGUUUUCAGUUUGACCUUGACCUCUCAGUUAAACUGCUGUAACUCAGAAUAUGUGUUUCACUGUGUAUGCGCCCAGUGACCUAAAUCCCUUUUUAUGGCAUUGCACCUCUUGCUGAAAUUACAAAUUAAGUGGUUGUGUCAGGGUGACCUGCUGUUUCCUUCUGAGGGCAUGCUGCCUGUGGGAAAUGAGAAUUUUGAGGCUGGCUGCAGGGAUUUCCACUUCUUCAUCUUUAUCUUUGCAUCAACCUCAUUCCUUACAAACAAGACCUCAGGAGAUGUGCAAAACAAUACUGCUUACUGUCUGUUAAUGCUUUCUGAGCCUGUGUGAUUUUAUGCUGUCAUAUCCCCUAAUCCCCCUUCCCGCCAGAAUAAAUGGUUUUGUCUUGUAGUUUUUGUUAACCAUUGUACCAAUUAUAUGAAACUGUAUUAGAAGGGUGGAACAUGGUUGCUUUCUAAAUGCGCCUCACACCAAAUCAUUCUCUCCUAUACUGUCAGACAUGCUUGUAUAAAAUUAUUUCAAUUCAUUUUUAUGCAUGUAGAGUUUCUAAGCCUGAUGCCUAGCAGUCUG